AUGGAGACUCGAAGCAAGAAGUCCAAAGAAAACACGAGCGAUGAGUCAGGCGGCUCAUCAAGAACAGAAGACUCAUCAAGAAAAGAACGUACAACUAGUACUGAAAUAUCGUCCGGUAAUGAGAGAACAACCAGUUCCGAAGGGACAGAUAAAACGAUGUGCGAAAAAUCAAAAAAUAAACCAAGUGGAAGUCACACUUCGCAAACUAGACGCGCCGAAUUGCAAGCCCGUAUAGAACUGCAACAACGAGUAAAAGAACGAGCAAUCGCCGACGAAGAAAUAGCGCGUGCCAAGCUAGAAUUAAUACAACUCGAUUCAGAGCAAGAAAUCGACCAAGACAUAGACAAUCGAGCAACAAUAGUACAUGAAUGGAUGGAUAAAGCACCACCUACCUCAACUACAAACAAUACCGACUUAAAUCAAGGUAUCAAUGCUUCACUGCUAUCACUAUUAUCAAAAGCAGUACUAAAACAAGAUAAAAAUGACGACGCACCGAAAAAACCACCAACAUAUAUGAGCGAAUUGUGCUUUUUUGACGGAGACCCAAUUAAUUGGAUACCAUUCAUUAGCCACUACAAAGAUACCGCCUCAUUCUUCAGUGGCAUAGAAAAUGUUGCACGCAUUCGAAAAGCGUUAAAAGGACUAGCAAAAGAUACAGUCAAAUCACUACUGUAUACUAGCACUUCACCAGAUAUAAUUUUAAAAGAACUAGAAAGAAGAUUUGGCCAACCUACAUAUAUUAUAAAAAGCGAAAUAGCUACGCUCGAUCGACUACCACGAAUGUCGGAAGACAUCAAAGGAAUAGGCGCCUUUGCAAGUGCUGUAUUUAACAGUGUAAACACGAUCAAACAAUUGAACCGUAAAGAAUACCUAUACUCCACCGAUAUAUCUGACAGAAUAAUAAAUAAAAUGAGUACAAUAGUCAGAUUCAGAUGGCAAGAGUACAAAUGUACCAAAACAGAUGAACCUAUACUCAGUGUUCUUUCUGAGUUCUUAAACAUGAUCUCAGACCAGUUUGACGAACCGAGCUUUCGCUUCAAAUCCAAAAUCGAUUAUAACAAAGCAAGACCCACUGGAAAAGGAAGAGUCAACACUACUAAUCACGAAGUAGAGUAUGGAAGCGAUGAAGACUCCAAUUACGAUAGCGAAUUUGAAGAAGAGAUGCGAAUAGUCCUAGCUGCAUCAACUGUUGAUGAAGAAAAAUGUUUUUUAUGUGAACAAACUCACGAUAUUACAAAAUGCCAACAAUUCACGAAAGAAAAUGUUAAAAAACGUUGGGAAAUAGUAAAGAAAUACAGGAUGUGUUUCAAAUGUCUGAAAAUUAACCACCGGCACGUACAAUGCAGAUCAAAACCGUGCGGUAAGGAUGGUUGUACAAGAACACAUCACGAGUUACUACAUGAAGACAAAUCGAAACCUGAACCAAACAAACUAGUUUCAGUAAACCACGUUGGAACUUCGAAGACCUUUUUGAAAAUAGUACCAGUUGAGCUCAGCGGACCAAAUGGCACAGAAACCGUGAUGGCACUACUUGAUGAAGGAUCAACCGUAACUUUGUUAACAGAUGAAGUAGCCGACAAUAUAGGAGCUAAAGGACCCGAAAGAAGCCUAUCAAUCGAAGGCAUAAGUGGUCACCAAAUAAAAACAGAAAGAUCAAGAAGUAUCAAUAUCCGAAUCAAGGGAUUAUUUUCAAGACAUUAUGAUAGCCUUCAAGCUCACACAAUAAAACAACUCAACCUCAUGCCACAGUCAGUAAAACCGGAAGAUUUGGAAGACUGUCCGCACUUAGACGACAUAUCAGACCAAUUGAUAUACGACGGGACAUCACCCUCACUACUCAUAGGCCAAGACAAUUGGCACCUUAUCGUUACCAGACAAAUAAAAGCUGGCCAUUCAUCAAAGCCUGUGGCAUCACUCACUUGCCUAGGCUGGAUAUUACAUGGUUGUAAAACAGAAACACCUAAGCCCGUAGUGUUUAUCAACCACACAAAAGCAAAAGAACCAGAAGAUAUCAAUAAACUAAUAAAAAACCAUUUUGACCUAGACUCAUUAGGCAUAACACAAAGAAAGCCGACUAACGACCCAGAACAAAGGGCUUUAGAUAUCUUGCAAAAAACAACUCACCGUCUACCUGAAGGAAGGUUCGAAUGCGGCCUUUUAUGGAAAACCGAUGACGAAACAAUGCCAAUAAACAGAGGCAACGCCUUACGACGUUUAAAAGGACUCGAAAGAAAAUUUACCAAAGACCAAAACUUCAAAAUAAGUUACACUGAACAAAUAAGAAAACUAUUAGAUAGUGGAUACGCUGAACUAGCGACUACAACACCAAUCUCACCAAGAACGUGGUACCUCCCACAUUUUGGAGUUACACACCCACAAAAAGGAAAACUAAGAGUUGUAUUCGAUGCUGCCGAACGUACAAACGGCAAGAGCCUAAACGACGCAUUACUACCAGGCCCUGAUCUACUACAAUCACUCUUUGGAGUACUAAUAAGAUUCCGCCAAGGCCCGAUAGCAAUAGCGGCUGACAUCAAAGAAAUGUUCUUAAGAGUCGUAAUGCGAGAAGAAGACAGAGACAGCUUACGUUUUCUGUGGAAAGAAAACGAAACAGACGAACAUCCAAAAGAAUACCGAAUGAAAUCACUAAUAUUCGGAGCCACAUCAUCACCUUGCUCGGCAAUAUUUGUAAAAAACCGCAACGCCGAAGAUUUCAAAGAAAAAUACCCCGAAGCCAUUGAAGCGAUAAAACGCUGCCAUUACAUGGACGAUUAUCUACAAAGCUUCGCAACAACAAAGGAAGCAAUAAAAAUAUGCAAUGAAGUAGAUCUUAUUCAUAAAAGCGGAGGUUUCGAAUUAAGACAAUGGACAUCAAACGAACCCGCCGUCAUAAAGAAAUUCAAUUCGGACAGCCCCGAUAACGUAAACUUAGGGGAUCAAGAUAAAUAUGGCAAGACACUGGGCAUGAUAUGGCAAACAAACAACGACGCCUUACGAUUUACAGUAAAUCUACGUCACACUCCAGAUGAUGUCAUCAAUGAAACACGACUACCUACAAAACGAGAAGUCACCAGUGCUGUAAUGUCUGUCUUUGACCCUUUGGGCCUAGCAACUCCGGUUUUAAUACAAGGAAAAACGUUAAUACAAGAACUAUGGCGAACCGAUAUAGACUGGGACGACCACAUACCUUUAACUUUGAAAGAGCAUUGGAUAGACUGGUUAAAAAACCUAGAUCACUUAAGAGAUCUCAAUGUGCCACGAUGCACAAACUCCCAUAACGAGGGGGAGCUACACACUUUCGUCGACGCAAGUGAAACCGUUUACGCUGCCGCAACCUAUUGGAGAACAACCUGCAACAAUAAAGUUAAAAUCAAACUAAUGGCUGCGAAAGCAAAAGUAGCACCGUUAAAACCGACAUCGAUUCCACGAUUGGAACUACAAGCUGCAUUACUAGGCUCCAGACUCGCGUCAAACAUAGCCAAUGAAAUAGACGCCACUAUACAACAAAAGUACUACUGGUCAGAUUCCAGAACUGUAUUAGCAUGGAUCAAAUCAGACCCACGCACCUUCAAGGCCUUCGUCGCCCACAGAUUGGCUGAAAUAGAGGAACUUACGAGACCUUCAGAAUGGCGAUAUGUACCAACCAAACUAAACGUCGCAGAUGACGCCACCAGACAACUACGAAACUUCAACCAUACCCAUAGAUGGUUCAACGGUCCUGAUUUUCUGAAACAUGAAGUCGCUGAUUGGCCCAAAGACCACAGUCAACGCCUUCCAGAACCCACCGGCGAAGAAAGAACUUUAACGGCUACCACCACCACCAGCACACAGUGCAUCGACCCAUCGUUACCAGACGUAAAACGAUUCUCGUCUUGGACACGAUACUUACGGGCAUCAGCCCGUUUUCUCCAAAGCGUCAAACGUUUUAAGGCAUUAAUAGAGAAACCCAAGACCGUCGCCGCAACCAAGCCCAUAACGAAAGAUCGAACUUGGAAGCCCUACGAAAAAACAAAACGUCUGCAAACUUCAAAACAAAUAAAAGAAAUAGCAAGAGUAAAUAUAAAGAUACCACCCAUAUCCCACGAAUAUAUCGAACUGGCCGAAAAGAAAAUCAUACAACAAAUCCAAAACGACAGCUUCAAGACAGAAAUACAAAGCCAUCAGAAAAAUAAGAAACUAAACAAGAACUCUCGCCUCAAAAGAUUAACGGUCGUCUAUGAAAACGACAUCCUGUACUUAGAGACGCGCUUAUCUGCCUCUAGUGGUCUAGCAAUGUCCUAUCGCAGACCUAUAAUACUCGAUGGGAAACAUUUAAUUACCCGAUUACUCGUCACCUACUACCACAACGAGUACAAUCACGGCAACAACAACACCAUAAUGAACGAAAUAAGACAAAAGUAUUACAUAACAUCCCUACGAAGCACAGUGAAGAUUAUAGCGAGAGAAUGUCAAUGGUGCAAAACUCACAAAGCCGUACCUACAACAGCACCACUUGGAGACUUGCCCGUAGAACGGCUACAACAAAAACAGUAUCCGUUUACCUGUACCGCCGUGGAUUACUUUGGACCAAUUACAAUAACCGUUGGAAGGAAAACAGACAAGCGAUGGAUAGCACUAUACACAUGUUUGACAACACGUGCAGUUCAUCUAGAAAUUGCGAAGACAUUAUCAGCAGACAACAUGAUUCUCACUCUCAGAAGAAUGAUAUCACGUCGGGGAAAACCUAAAAUCCUGUAUAGCGAUAAUGGAACUAAUUUUGUUGGAGCAAACAAAGAGUUACAACUAGAAUAUGGCAAAAUGAUAGAAAAGACAGAAGAAAAGGGAAUUAAAUGGAAGUUCAUACCUCCGGGAGCACCGCACAUGGGAGGAGCUUGGGAAAGAUUGGUACGUUCUGUAAAAACCGCACUAAUCACCACACUGAACACCAGACGUCCUCAAGAAGACAUACUUCAUACUCUACUAUUGGAAGCAGAACAUUUAAUUAACUCGAGACCGAUAACAGAAAUAUCUCUAGACCCAGACGAUCAAGAGAGCUUAACACCCAACCACUUUUUAAUCGGAAGAUCAAGUGGCACCUACCGUAUGGGAGACUUCACAGACCACGAAUUGAUUGGGCCAGCCACCUGGAAAACCGUACAACGCCUCGCCGAUCACUUCUGGAAGCGAUGGCUUAUCGAAUACCUACCUACGAUAACGCCUCGGUAUAACACGCAACAGAACGGGUUCCUCAAUCCAACAGUCGGAGACAUCGUCAUAAUAGUCGACCACUCACUUCCCCGUGGAUCUUGGCCAAAAGGAGAAAUCAUCACUACCUAUCCUGGACCAGAUGGAAAAACCCGCAUCGUAGACGUUCGAACAACCGCCGGCAUCCUGAAGAGACCCGCUUCCCGCUUGGUGAAGAUAUCACAAUCUUCUUCCCUGGAUUGA